AUGUCCCACAACGAACAACAUGGCGGCUUUGUUAAGCUUCUUGAAAAGGACGCAGACGUGCAAAUAGUGGACCACAGAAGGAAGAAUCUCCCAGCCAAUGCAUAUUCCUAUCAAUUCAUUGAAAAGUCUAUUCAAAAAGGCAGACUAGAGAACCUUGAGGCUUACAAAGCUGGGCCAUCUACAACUCGCCCCGUCGGGGCGUCCAAUAUUCCAACAAAAGGCCAAAGAGCAGCAUUUACGAUAGAGGAGGACCAGCUCAUUUAUGAUUAUAUGCAACAUUAUGAACGGGAUCCACUUUCAUCUGUCAUGGGUAAUAAAAUUUAUCAGCUCUUUGCAGCAAAUCAUCCGGGACAUACAUGGCAAUCAUGGCGAGAUAGGUAUCUCAAGAGGCUUCGGGGCCGUCCACGUCCAGGCGGAAUGUCAAAAUCAAAUGACGCUACGGCUGUCCGUGAAGAAGACCGCAAAAGCCAGCCUAUCCCUGCGCCUACAUCUACAGCUCAUCCAGUAGUACCGGCUACUCAGAGAGACGAGACUUCAGUGCAACCACGAGAGAGAAAGCGGAAACGAAGUCCAGAACCCACAGUGUCUGGUUCCCGCACAUCUAACGGCACGUUGAGCACACAGCAAAGAACAACAAAUCGGCAUCCAACACCAUCAGCUCCGCAAGUUGCCACAAUAUCUCCAGCAUCAGCGAGCCAGCAGAGAAAGUUACCUCAACUUGAUACGCUCCCCAGCCCCAAAAGAGUAAAGACCACAACAACUCGAAUUUCAGGGAUAAUCCUACCUCAAGAAAAUGGACCCACUGAAGAAGCCAUGGACAAAGACCCUGCUGAUGAAUCUAACACAAGUAUUGACAGCGUUUUUCUGGAGCUACCAUUCCUCCCGUCAAGCCCGGUGGCUGAGGAGGCACCUGAGCAAGACAUUGAUUCGUGGAUAGAUAGCCGGGUUCGCGCGGGAAAGGGCAGCGAGGAUCAAGUUAUCGAGGCUUUGCAAUGUACCAGCAUGGACCCGGAUUUGGCGGAGAAGGUGCUGGAGUCUUUGUCUGCGGGGAAGGGCAUACCGACCAACAUGCGUGGAGUAUGGACGGCACAAGAUGAUAGAGAUCUGGAGGCGCAAAACACACGUGAUAUUCAGCGGGUCAUAGAGAAGCAUGGCGACUUGUUGAAUUACCGGUGGGAUUAUCUAAACAUGACAAGAGCCGCAGCUAGAUAG